AUGCAAGUAAGAACGUUAAGAAGUAAAAAUAAAACAGAAGUAGAGCAGGCACUGCGAUCUGUAUUGAAUACCGACGAUGCUAGAGGCUUAACUCGCCUGUUCACCGACGCAGGACGUGAAUUUGUAAAUAAUGCAGUGAAUGCAUUACUCCGCGAACGAAAUAUGCGUUGGUAUACAACACACUCUAAAGAAAUAAAGGCAAGCAUUGCCGAAAGACAUAUAAGAACCCUUAAAGGACUCAUUUAUAAAUACCUAACCCUUAAAAAUACACUGCGAUAUGUCGAUGCACUUCAGGACAUCGUAUUGGCCUACAACGGGCGCGCUCACGCGGGUUUGAAAGGUGCAACACCUACGGAGGUGCAUCGCCAUUAUACAUCGACUCAGUGGCAACGUCUCUUCCGGCAAAUGUACUCCCCUUCGCUAACCGGAACUAUAAAAAAAGGACGUUCAUCAGCAGACAAUCAGAAGCUAAAAGUAGGGGUUACCGUGCGCAUCUCCGCACGUUCCCGCACCGACGUAUUUCGCAAAGGUUACGAAACACAAAAUACGGAGGAGAUAUUUAAAAUCCGACAGAUUGAUCGCCGACAAAACUUAAUCGGGUAUUAUCUUGAAGAUCUGAGCGGUGAAGCGAUACAAGGUUUGUUUUACCGCGAAGAGCUCAUUCCUACUGCGCUGCCAAGCUCUUAUCCAUAUAAGAUUUUAUCAUCGCGUUGGAACAAAAGCAAGAAGCAAAGAGAGUAUCUCGUUCACUGGAUCGGUUAUCCAGACAAAUUUAACUCUUACAUUACAGCUGAUGAUAUGCACCCUGAACCAUGA